AUGGCGCAGUACUUCUUCGACCUUCUCUAUACAUUUACGGAUUGCAUGUGCUGCUUUCCUAGCUCUCCACAGCUGAAGAUCAACAACCGCAGUUUCAAGCUGCUCCGGCUACUGGGCGAGGGAGGAUUUUCCUACGUCUACCUGGUCCAAGACAAAAAUACCUCGGAAUUGUUCGCCUUGAAGAAAAUACGUUGCCCGUUCGGCCAAGAAUCCGUGUCGCAAGCGCUGAAAGAAGUCGAGGCAUACAGCCUUUUCUCGCCGCAUCCUUAUAUCAUUCGGUCUUAUGACCACUGCGUGGUAAAUGAAUCGGCAAACAAGUUCCGAGGUGGUGACGAUUCGAGCUCCAAAACGGUCUAUAUUCUUCUUCCAUACUACCAGCGCGGCAAUCUACAAGAUGCUAUCAACGCGAACCUCGUCAAUCACACCAGCUUCCCCGAGAAAGAAUUGAUGACGCUCAUGCUAGGUGUCGCCAAAGCUCUAAAAGCUAUGCACCAAUACAAAGUGAAAAGCGGUUCUGCAUCUACCCGUCAAGCUAAGGGUGUACGAAGAGAGGGGGAGGAAGCGGAUGAAGAACUAUCGCGGAAGGUUGGGAAGCCAAAAAGGAGGAAUACACAUGGUGUCGACGAUGAUGUUGAGCAGGAGCCAUUAAUGGAUGAUGAAGUGACUCGCAGUCAGGAAGGUGUGGGUGAAGGAGAAUUCAGACCUUAUGCCCAUCGAGAUAUCAAACCUGGAAAUAUCAUGAUUGAUGAUGACGGAAGAACGCCAAUUCUGAUGGACUUGGGCUCCCUAGCACCAAGUCCGAUUGCCAUCACAUCACGAUCUCUCGCCUUGGCGGUACAAGACACGGCGGCAGAGCAUAGCACCAUGCCAUACCGAGCUCCUGAAUUAUUCGACGUCAAGACCGGUUCUAUCAUCGAUACCAAGGUUGACAUAUGGUCCCUUGGUUGCACACUUUAUGCUUGCUUGGUCGGUAAAAGCCCGUUUGAAGCCAGAAGCGAGGAAACGGGAGGUAGCUUGAGCAUGUGUGUUCUGGGUGGUGAUUGGCGAUUUCCCGAUGAGAACUCCAGCAGUGCCAAAGGGAAGGCCAAGUCGAACACUCCUGCUGCAUCCGGGUCAUCGCAAUCUUCUGGCGAAGGCGGGAUCAGUGAGUCUGUCAAGGAUAUUGUCCGGAAGUGCUUGCAGGUUGAACCUGCUGAUCGGCCGGAUAUUGAUGAGCUCAUACAACUCAUUCAAGACACGAUCAAGUCAUUACCUGACGGGCCUGAGUAA